UUGCAACACCUUAUGACAGUUUGUCACUGACUUCGCUGUGGUAUGGUUGUCAUUUCGUCGCUCUAUCGGGAAACGUGAUAGAUGAAUGGAAAAUAAUUAACACUAUCACAGCGAAAGGCUAUUUAAAAAAAAGCAAAGGUUGUCGUGGUGCAUGUGAUAACGUAUAAGUGAAAACCCGUCUGUGUACUCUUCUAUACAACACCGCCAUGAUCGAUGUUGGAAACAAAGAUGGCGGAAUAAUACGGUGAUCCCUAAUCAAACGCGUUGUUGUGUAGCGUUAUGUGCUGUGGUGGGUAGCGGCUACAGCAGUGUCAAGGCCCUUGAGCGAGGAGGAGAGGCGCGAUGGGGGCGCGGCCGGGGUAAUGCCGCCGCGGCCUGCGGCCGGCCGCGCGGCCAUGGCGGCAGAGGAUGAACGACCACCGUUCCCUCUGUUUACCGCCGUCUACGACUAUGUGGCGCAAGGUGAAGAUGAACUCUCACUGCGUCGGGGCGAGAUUGUUGAGGUCUUGUCCAAGGACUGCAACAUAUCUGGCGACGAAGGCUGGUGGACAGGGAAAAUCGGUGACAGAGUUGGCAUAUUCCCUGCGGUUUACGUGACAGAAGAAGACCCGUUGUCAGUGGAGCCUCCACGCGUUACUUUCAGUGAGUUAAAGCUAGAGGAAGUGAUCGGUGUUGGUGGAUUCGGUAAAGUGUACCGCGGUUAUUGGAAUGAUGAAGUGGUGGCCGUCAAGGCGGCGCGCCAGGACGCGAAUGAAGACAUUGAAGUUAUUAAAGAAAGUGUUUUACAAGAAGCAAGACUGUUCUGGGUGUUGCAACAUGAGAAUAUAGUGUCUUUGAAAGGUGUGUGUUUAGAAGCGCCUAAUUUGUGUUUGGUUAUGGAAUAUGCACAAGGUGGACCAUUGAAUAGAGUGUUGUCAGGCAGGAAGAUUCGGCCAGGCAUCUUGGUGGACUGGGCGAUACAGGUUGCCCAGGGUAUGGCCUACUUACACUGUGGUGCACCUAUGGCUCUCAUACACCGGGAUUUAAAAAGUUCAAAUGUACUUCUCAGCGAGGCCAUCCUGCCUGAUGACAAUUUGGAAGACAAGACGCUGAAGAUCACAGACUUUGGGUUAGCGCGGGAGGUGUACAAGACCACGCGGAUGUCGGCCGCUGGAACAUAUGCCUGGAUGCCACCAGAGGUGAUAAAAAAUUCGACGUUUUCCCGGGCGUCAGACGUGUGGUCGUAUGGGGUGCUCCUGUGGGAACUGCUGACGGGGGAAACACCCUAUAAGGGCAUCGAUGCGCUGGCUGUGGCCUACGGUGUUGCCAUCAACAAACUCACAUUGCCAAUACCCAGCACGUGUCCCGAGCCUUGGAAACUGCUCAUGCAAGACUGCUGGCGCUCGACGCCCCGCGAGCGGCCGUCGUUCCCGGACAUCCUGGAGCGGCUGGAGGAGAUCAGACAGUCGGAGUUCACGCGCGCGCCGCACGAGUCCUUCCACACCAUGCAGGACGGCUGGAGGGUCGAGAUUGAGGAAGUGCUCGGUGACCUCCGCAGGAAAGAGAAGGAAUGCAAAAGUAUAGAGGAGGAGCUCCGAUGGCGCGAGGAGGAGCUGACGAAAGCGCAGCUGCAGCAGCGGCUGAUGCAGCAGAACCUGGCGCAGAAAGAGAGAGAGCUGCAGAUGCGGGAGUUUGACCUAGUGGCCCGCGAGCUGCACAUCAUGAUCUUCGCCAGCCACAUGUCGCACCAGCCGCCGCCGCCCAACAAACGCAAGGGCAAAUUCAGCAAGCCGAAGCUGGUGAAGAAAGAGAUCUCAUCUCCGCUGGACUUCCGACACACGCUGACGGUGCGGCCGUCGGACGACGAGUCCAGCGUGAAGCAGCUGGUGGCUGUGGCCAAGGACACCCCGCCCGGUUCCCCGCACAUCAUGCGAGCUAUUGCUCUGCCAGCGGACGGCGUGAAGGGCAAGACGUGGGGCCCGUCGUCGGCGCACGCGCGCUCGCGCACGCAGCUGGCGCUGCCGGCGCUGCGGCCGCGAGCUGCGCCGCGCUCCAGCAGCUCCGCGCCCGCGCUGCCGCCCGCGCCGCGCGCCUCAGGAAUGUCUCAAGACAGUCUUCUGUAUCCUUGUUGUUUUCUUCCUUACACAGACUUCAGCCCAGAUGAAUGGGGACCAGAAUAUCCACUAAGCACCUCGUCAAGAUAUUCCAUACCCAUGCCGACUUUAUAUAGUACAGAAGGUUAUAAAUACAAAAAGCCUAGUAUAAUAGAGCUGGUGUUAUACAAUAUGGCGGCGCUGCUGGGCGGCGUGGCGGCGGGGUAUGACGUCAGAGUAUCCAAUAUCAGCCCGCUGCAUCCUACACUACAGCCUCAUAGAGCCGAAAUAGAAACUGAACCACUGAGCUCAUCUAUAUACGAAGGCUACGGCUUCGCUCACAACACCUACCACGGACCCACGCGCCAUCUUCGAGCACCGCUCAAUGCUAUCACCGGAUCACCGAUAUCGAGUCUGCAAACAGAAGAGCAGAAACCGAUCCGCUUUACGGACUCUCCGACGCACUACGCUCACCCCUCGUCCUCAUCAGGCUACGGGCACUCUGCGCAGCCGCUCUCGGGAACCUCAGGCCUCGGCACCAACUACACCUCCACACAACCCCCCACCCCUUCCCCAAGAAGAACCUCAUCUUCCACCUCAGACCAUCUUGCGGAUUUAUACCACAACUACAGAGAAAACUUCCAGCCUUCACCCUCUCAAGACCGAGAUUUUUACUACAGAGCCGAGCCCUACACGUACGACAGAACAGCAGACUAUGUUGUCAAACAUCCUUACUACGGAAGGGAUCCGUACGAAGAGUGUUCCUCCUUCGAAUACAGAGAACCUACCCCGGAUUACCGCCCCUCAACCCAAUAUCUCACCCACAGACGCACGCCGUCUAACUCCUCAGCCUCUAAUUCUCACCCAGAAGAAGCGCCCUUCUCACCAUCACGACAGUACAGAACGGAAAAGUACGCCACGAAAGACAGAAGAGACGAAUACCGUACACCCAAAUCUGAAUACCCUAGGAAAACCAGUGAUUAUUCUUUACCUCGAGAUUUCUUCAGACAAGACUCUGAAAGGUCGGAAGUGGAGAGACCGGCGAAUCUCGGGUUGGAUUUGGCGCCUACAAAGCUGAGGUCGAGUUUGAAAAAGUACAAUAAGAAAUCGAGUGCCUCAGGCGGCAGUUCAGGCGGGGGCACGCCCACCAACCCCACGCCCCCCGACAGCCUCACGAGCGAGACGGAUAGCUCGUACGUGUCCGCCCGCGACGGCUCCAGCGGGUCGCAGUCGCGCGUGCGCUUCAGCCCCGAGGCCUUGCACGGCGGCCCGGAGCGCCGGCCCUCGCGGCACUCGUAGCGAAGGCUGAAGAAGUUCGACGACUACCUCGUUUGAUAUCGACGCCGGACUGUAUAUAUCGCUUGCGGGUAGUGCGUGGAACGCUUACGCUUUUCAGCUAUUUGUUUUUUAGUGUUGUCUAUGGACUGAGGGGAUGUGAGAAAACACGACACGGACUUCAUUUAGUGUAUUUAGGUCGGUUUUCAUAGGCGGAGUUGAGUUUUAUGACGACGCCGAUGAAAAGUUUUUUUUGCUGUUAAAUGUGUACCAUUAUUUGUGUAUUCGUAAUGGCCAUACCGAGUCUGAUGAGUAAGAACUGCAAUAAGCUAUGUAUAACUGCGAUUGUGUUCAUUAUUUAACGUAAAUACUUAGAAUCACUGUAUAAUAUGUAUAAUAUCGUGUCAAAUAUGUAAUCGUCGAUAUAGAAAUGAAAAAAUACGUUCAUAGACAAUACAGUGCCUAUAGUUGGUAAUAUUAAAUGGUCACAAUCACUAGAUGGCUAUUAUAAAUUUCACGCCAGUUACUGAAGAUUAAAAAAUUAGAAGAACAAACACAUAGGAUAUAGACACCAAAACGACGUAGGCACAAUGAUUUAUGCGAUGUACAAAAUGUAAAUAAUGCAGACAUUUUAAAUACUUAUUUUUAUAUUAUACAAUUACUGGCAUUUAUUUUUUGUUACUCAGUAAAAUCAUUUUGUUUUUAUUUUAUUAUUUUGUUAAAUUAUAAAUAGUACAAAUGUAUUUUAAGAUGUUUUAUGAACAAUAAAAUGUAUUGUUCGCUGAAUUAAAAAAUAUUUUCAAUCUUGACAUAAAUGAAUCAUGUAUAUUAAACUAACAAUUAAUAUAUUAUGUAUAUCGAGUAAAUGCAUUUUGUACAGAAGAGAUCAAAUAUUAGAUAUUUUUUACUUAUAUCUAAAUAAUAAUUAGGAGUAAGAGCAGCUUUUGUACCCCACAGUGAAUUUAUAAUUAGGUGAAAGUAAAACUAGUCGGAAACAUACAAAAAAUACUAUAGCAUAUCCAGCUAACAAAAUUGAUAUUGUAUUCGAUAUUAUGCUUCCUUAACCGAAUCACUGGAUUAUUUUGAUAUUAAUGGGCAAGUAUACUUAUUAAAAGGUAGUUUUGAGUUAACGUGAAGGCCUAUAAUGUAACAUUGGAAAAUAUCUCACAUUUAGCAUUAAAAUUAUUAAAGAUAAGGUGUAUAUCGGAAAUUUUAUUAAUAAUCUUCUUAGCUUUGAUAUUAUUAGCUGAAACCAGUGCCUAAUAUUUGCUGGAAAGGUUUUUGAGAUUACGUAUUGGAUAGCGAAGUGAAAAGAUUGUAUUCCAUGUGGUUAAGGCCAGUAACGCAUUAACGCGGUGACGCGUAAUAUUCUUCACUAAGUACAUUAUUUUAUUUAUUCCUAGUGCAAUAUGGGAAAUUAUUUUGCGUCCAUUUUUUAUUUUUUAUGUUAUGUAUAUAUUGUUUAAUGAUUGCGAUUUAUCAGUAUUUUAUACAGUAUUUGAAAUUCAUUAUAUACUGACCGAAAAUGGAAAAUAUUCUGUAUAUUGUAUGUUGUAUGGUGUGAUUUAUUUAUUAAGUUAUUUAUGGUUUAUCAGUGCCAAUGACCAGUGUUUGUUAUUUACUUCACAAGGUUGUCUACCUUCUUUUGUUUCAAUGUCUUGAGUACAAACCAAAUCCUAACCAAAUUAUUGUAAGAAUCUCAUACCUAAGUAUCAGAACCCGAGUCACAAAUUUUGAGUCAAUAAUGAGUACACCUUUGUAAAUAUCGACAUUCACGGCGCGUAUAUUUACAUAACUCUAGUCUUGGAUUUUUUUAUUUAAUUUUAAUAUCGGGCUAGUAUUCGAAUUGUCAACGAACGACUGGCGAGCGUAUUACGAAUGAAUAUUAUUGAAUUUUUGUAAAAAAUGUAAUACACCUUUUGGGCAUUCCAUUAUUUUUAUGUAAACAAAACAUUCCAGUGUAACCCGAAGUGAUAUUAUGCUCACUCAAAUUUCUUUUAGUCGAAAGUAAAUGGUGGUUUUGUGUGCCAAUAACUCGAGGUGGGAGGAUGCCUUACAUCUGUACGUUAAAUCGACAAAUAAAUAAUAGAUUAAGCUUUUUACAAA